ACUAUAUGUACUGGUACCACUCUCAAGCCUCAACCAACUUUCUCCCUCAUUUUCUCAGAAAACUCUUAAAGUUUCAGAAAAACGAUCGAAAGAGUUUUGCGAUUGACCUAACAAUGGUGACGAUCAAAGCCGUCAAAGCCCGCCAGAUCUUCGACAGCCGUGGGAAUCCGACUGUGGAAGUUGACGUUACCCUCGAUGAUGGCACUGUCGCUAGGGCAGCAGUUCCCAGUGGUGCUUCAACAGGUAUAUACGAAGCUUUGGAAUUGAGAGAUGGGGGGUCCGAUUACCUCGGAAAAGGUGUUCUGAAGGCUGUGGAUAAUGUCAACUCAAUCAUCGGACCUGCAUUGAUUGGCAAGGACCCAACAGAACAGACCCAAAUUGACAACUUCAUGGUACAACAACUUGACGGAACAGUUAACGAAUGGGGAUGGUGCAAACAAAAGCUUGGUGCAAAUGCUAUAUUGGCUGUUUCGCUUGCUGUAUGUAAAGCUGGGGCUAUGGUGAAAAAGAUUCCUCUUUACAAGCACAUCGCCAAUCUUGCUGGGAACAAAAACUUGGUGCUGCCUGUUCCUGCAUUCAAUGUCAUCAAUGGGGGUUCACAUGCUGGCAACAAAUUGGCAAUGCAGGAAUUUAUGAUUCUUCCCGUUGGGGCGUCUUGUUUCAAAGAAGCCAUGAAGAUGGGUGUAGAAGUAUAUCACCACUUGAAGGCUGUAAUUAAGAAAAAAUACGGUCAAGAUGCCACUAAUGUUGGUGAUGAAGGUGGCUUUGCUCCCAAUAUUCAGGAAAACAAAGAGGGGCUUGAACUGCUGAAGACGGCUAUAGCAAAAGCUGGAUAUACUGGCAAAGUUGUAAUUGGAAUGGAUGUUGCUGCCUCAGAGUUCUAUGAUCUCAAGGAUAAGACAUAUGAUUUGAACUUCAAGGAAGAGAACAAUGAUGGAUCACAAAAGAUAUCGGGAGACAGUUUGAAGAAUGUAUACAAGUCAUUUGUGGCUGACUACCCAAUUGUAUCGAUUGAGGACCCAUUUGAUCAGGAUGACUGGGAACACUAUGCCAAGAUGACCAAUGAAGUUGGUGAGCAAGUGCAAAUUGUUGGUGACGAUCUACUUGUCACAAACCCCAAGCGUGUAGGCAAAGCAAUCAAGGAGAAGAGCUGCAAUGCCCUCCUUUUGAAGGUUAAUCAAAUUGGUUCUGUUACUGAAAGCAUUGAAGCUGUAAAAAUGGCAAAACAUGCUGGUUGGGGUGUUAUGGCAAGCCACCGAAGUGGUGAGACCGAGGAUACUUUUAUUGCAGACCUGUCAGUUGGUUUGGCUACGGGUCAGAUCAAGACUGGAGCUCCUUGCAGAUCAGAACGACUUGCUAAAUACAAUCAGCUUCUUAGGAUCGAAGAAGAAUUGGGAUCUGCAGCAAUCUAUGCAGGAGCAAAAUACCGCGUGCCUGUGGAGCCAUACUAAAUUCCCAGACUCUCACUAAAAAGUACUUAAAUAAGCUUUAUAAUCUGGUUCCCCCAUCCUCCCUUUCCUUUUUGCUUUCUCUUGGCUGAAAAAUUUGCGGUGUUAAGAAGCAUUUUGUUUUGUAGAACUUGUCAGUGUGGCUAGCAUAGAAUGUUAAUCUGUUGGGGGAAUUUUAAAGCUAUGAGAGGACCUUAUUUUACGGCUCUUUUGUAUGGUGUUUCCUGGAGGAAUACUAGGUGAUAUUGAGCUUUGUGUUGUGAUUGAGAUUUCAUCUUGAACUA